CUUAGGCAGGGCGACCCGACCUAAGAAGGCAACCAAGUGGUUGGCUAUGGCCUCAAAAUUUAUAGGCCCAUGGAUGAUGGGCCACCAAAAAACAAAAACAAAAACAAAAAAAAAAAAAAAAAAAAAAAAAUUUAGGGCAAAUCAUUUCAGCCUCCCCAAUCGCCUCCGUCUCUAUUCUCGUUCUCAACUUUGAACUUCUGCAUACUACAAAAUCUACAAGAAUCAGAAGUUCAAAACCUAUCUAUCUGCAAGAAUCAAAAGUUCAAAACCUAUUACCUAUAUCAAAACCCAUAUCGGCGUAUCAUUUCAGAUUGUUCAAAAAAUCAAAACCCAUAGCUUUCAGUUUCCAGUUCCAGUUCGGGUUCGCCGUUCGCAAGCUUCAGCCGCUGUCUCUCAACUCCCCCCCCAAACUGCUAACUUGAUUCGAAAGACAUUGGUAAAUUUUGGUUGAACUUGAGUCUUGAACAAGCUGAAGGCCCUUAUUGUGGAUUAUAAUUUUUACAAUUACAGCAUCCUACGGUCCUACCAUCUUUUAGAGUGCUUUCAUCACUUCAGACUGACUUUUGUGCUUUGAGCAACUUGGAGGAGCUUGAUUUGAGUGUUAGUGUGAAGGGGCUGAUUACAGUAAAAGGAUGCAUACGAAGCUUACCGAGCAGUGAGUUCACAACUUCACAUGUCUGUUUUGAUAAAAGUUUUUUGGACUAGGUUUUAGGGUUUUACUCUCCAUCUCUCUGCAAGUGUGGCCAGAUUUGUUCCAGGAGAUUUAUAGAUAGUAUCUAAGCCAUGCCGAGACCAAGAAGAAGAAAUUCAAACAGGAAAUGCAAAAAAGGAGCAGAAAUGUCCCACAAUAAUGAACCAAUUCAGAGUUGGGGGCGUUCAUCACAGAUCUUCCAACGCCCAUCGUCGCCAAUAUUCUACCAAAACUCCCUGUGAAGACGGUUCUUGCUUGCAAGUGCGUUUCCAAAGAAUGGUGUAACCUAAUUUCAGACCCUCAAUUUGCCAAGCUGCACUUCUCAGGGCAAGAGGCAUGGGCUCUGCUCCGGACUUUGGGUUCAACCCAUGUAUCUAGGAUUCUUUACUUGGUUGAGCCUGAAAUUUGCAGCAAUUUCGAUCUUGGGUACUGCAAUUGUCUUGGUGACUAUUACUCUGAUCAGUGUGUUGUAGGUUGCCACAUAGUUGAUCCUGGGUACUGUGAUUGUUAUGGUGCUUAUUACACUGACCAGUGUGUUAAAAAUUGCCACAUCAAGCUUGAUACCAAGUUGAAGAUCCCGUUGCGCAAUGCUGAAAUGGUGGUCAACGAUGUGGUUGAUGAUAGCCAAAGGAGUUUCCUCUCUGCAGGCUAUGUGUUUAAAAGGAAACGUCCCAUCGAGCAUAAAUUCAAAAUUGUGAAUUCAUGCCAUGGUUUCCUUUGCUUGUGCGAACCAUCAAACAAUGAACCUGUUGUUGUGUGUAAUCCUAUCGCAGGUGAGUAUACAAACCUUCCGGUGGCUCAAAAGUAUGGUGAGAAAGGUUUAGCUGGUUGUGGGUUCGGCUUCAGUCCAAGGACUAAUCAAUACAAGGUGAUAAGAAUGAUUUGUCAAAUGAUUUUUGGUGAGAGUAGUCUAACAAAUCUCAGGAGGACUGAAAUACACACACUUGGCACAGGAUCAUGGAAAAGCAUUGGUGGUUGUCCCGAUCCAUUGUAUGGGCUAGCAUUUCCCACCUAUCUAGAGGGGUGCAUUCAUUGGAUCUGUAUUGAGCCGAGAACAUUCCCUAAUUAUAUAGUUUCCUUUAACUUUGACAAUGAGCAGUUCCAAUCGGUUCCACCGCCUCCUCGCAAGAGUGAUGGCACCGACGAACUUAGUUUUGAAGCAAUGAGUAAUGUGUCCAUGGGAGUACUAGAAGGCUGUCUAUGCAUAUGUGAAGCCUCCAACUAUAUUAACAUAUGGAUUAUGAAGAAAUAUGGUGUUCAAGAAUCAUGGACAAAAAUAUUUUCUAUUGAUACUGAUGAGAGGUGUCCUAUUGGUUUAUAUCAGCCAAUAAAGUACCUCAAAGAUGGAGCACUAUUGAUGUUUCAUUAUUUUACAAGUUCUCUGAACUGUUAUGAUCCCAACGAACCAAAAUUUAAAUGUCUUAAGGUUUUUGGCAUCGAUUCGAAAUUUGAAGCAAUUGCUCAUAUUCCAAGUUUCAUUUCACUGAAGGAAGCUGUUACUGGAGAUAACGCGGUGGUGCGGAAUAUCUAUUCAAGGUGUGCAGCAUUCAAAGUGCCUGAAGAGACUUUAGAUCUUUCAUUAAUGGAAAAAGUCAGGGACACGACAUUUGAUUCAGAUAACUCAUCUUCUGGUGCUGACAAAUGGAGGAGUCACUUAUUCGUCUUUGACACUUUCACCUAUAUAGGAAGAUGUUCUGGUUUUGAGUAGUCUGUUUAGGUGAAAUAUUUUUAGGAAGAUUUAAUUAUAUGUAAACUUCAUAUAUAGCAAGAUGUUCUGGUUUUGUGGAGUCUAAUUAGGUGAAAGAUUUUUAGAAAAAUUUAAUUAUAUGUAAACUUCAAGACUGCUGAAUUUUAAGGAAAAUUUAAUUUCUUAAUCUGUUUUAACUUC